CUUCCCAUUAAUCAUUAAAUGCCUGAUAAAGUUGAAAAUCAGGUGGAUAACACCAAAAAAGCCAGUAACCAGACUUCACUCCUAGCUUGGUUUGAAUUAGCAGCUGUCAUCUUAUUGAAUAUGUCAAUCAACCUGAGAUGGUUGACUUUCAGUCCCGUCGCCACCAUCGCCAGUCAAUAUUUGGAUGUAAAGAUGUCUUCAAUUACAUGGCUUGCUAAUUGUGCUACCCUGAUCUAUAUCGGAAUUAGUGCAAGUACUGGCUGGGUGUUUGAGAAAUAUGGAAUGAAAGCUUGUUUUCUUUUUGCUGCUGGUACCAACAUUUCUGGGUCCUGGAUUAGAUAUUUCGGUACAUUCGCCCCAGUGCAUCAGAGAUACCCAAUUAUCAUGUUUGGCCAAUGUUUAGCUUCGGUUGCUGAACCAUUUAUUAUGAACAUCGGUACGCAUUUUGCUGCUGUCUGGUUCGCCACACAUCAUCGAGUUACAGCAAAUACGCUUCAAGCCUUACCGCUUGGUAUGAUUGUCGCCACAUUAUCCAUGCCGAAAUUAGUUCAAUCACCGGAUGAUAUUCCUAGAGCGCUUUUAAUUACAUCGAUUAUUUCCACUGUGUUUGGAAUUCCAUUUUUAUUUUUACCAGCAGGACCCAAAGUUCCACCCACCGAAAGUUCCAAGGCAGUUCGUACUACUUUCCGUCAAAGUUUAAAGUCCAUGUUGAAGAUUCGUAAUUAUUUAUUGUUGAUCGUUAUCUUCAGUUUCUACUUUGCCAUGUUUGCUUCUAUUGUGUCUAUUACUAGUUACAUUUUUAUACCUCAGGGAUACACAAGUGUUCAAGUGGGUUAUGCUAGUUUUGUUCGUAUCAUUAGUGGUGUUUGCGGUGCUAUAAUUGCCGGUCGCAUCACAGAUUACACAGGAAGACAUACACUUGUAUUAAAGGUUGCUGCUCCCAUGGUUGCCAUAACAACCGUCAUCCUCUACGUUCAAGAUUUGGCAAACAGUUAUGCCUUUGUCAUGGUAUCUUGCUUCUUGAGUGGCUUUUUCGUAUUUUUAAUUUUACCAGUGUCUUUGGAGCUGGCAGCCGAAUGUACUUUCCCGGUAUCGGAGUCGGUAAGUGCCUCAGUGCUAUGGGGUGCAUCUCAAGUCGUGUCAUUUUGCUCUACAUUGAUUAUGGAUGAAUUACGUGCAGGACCCGACGCAUCCCCCCCUUAUAAUAUGAAACAUGCUCUUAUAUACGCCAUUGUGCUGUCUAGUCUUGGUGUUAUUCCUACCAUGUUUCUGACUUCUGAUUUGAAGCGUAUUGGUCAUGAUCGACAAGAUCAAGAUGAAGUAUCAUCUGAUAUCAAGGAAAUGACACAACCUGCUAAUGUUAAAUACUAAUUAUAGAUCUCAUACCCCAUCCCCCGUCUCUUUCUCUCUCUUUCCACUCUAUAGACUUUUCCCCUGUACUAUUUACCUCUCCCUUUUUUUACUUGUACUAAUUUUUUUUAAUAAGCUAUUUACAUUUUCUCU